AUGGUAUCUUGGCUACCGGAAUUCUUCAUCCAAAGAGUAGGAUUUAGUGAGUAUAGAACAGAGCUAGCCCUGACGAUAUAUAAAAUAGGUAAUUUGUUUGGCUGUAUCGGUUUCGGUUUGACCGCCAGAAAGGAAACUGUUUUAUUACAAAGUUUAGUUUUACUUGGUAUCGGAACCUUGGGAAUCGUUUUAUUAUGGGUAACAUUAUCAUGGAGUUUUUUGUGGAGCGUUCACCUGUUGGCUAUUGCUGGUUUUGCUAUUGGUGGGCCAAUAGGAGCCCUCAGUGCCUCGUUCCCAGUUUCAUUAGGUGAAUUAGAUGGCAGAAAAUCUGGUGGAACUCUUGUAGGGAUAAUAAACGGUUUCGGUAACAUAGGAGAAUUGCUCGAGCACACUAUUCUUAGCUUUGUCAUCGAAACAUACGGAUGGAAUUCGAUGUUCAUCUUAUUGAUAAAUUUGUUAGUUUUUAGUGCCUUCCUAGUGAAUAGAGCACAUUUUGCGACUAACAAAAAGUUAGUAAACAGCAGACAAUAUGAUAUUUAA